CAACUCUCCGGUUAGUGCAUUGUUCUUCUGUUGAUGGAAGUCCUCGCAGAAGAAGAGAAGAGCUACGAUGGUGCGUGUGAAGUCCAGGUAUUUACUGUGCGAAGUCAACGUGUCAGACAGAAGCCGCCUGUUGCUGCUGGAUGACAGGGCUGUUGCAGCGGCAGUGAAAGCAGCGGUGGCCCGAAUACACGGGGACUAUGGGGCAGCUCUCUGCAGCAUCAGAUUCUCUGUGAAAUAUCUGAAUGCUCAUACUGGAAUAGUACUCCUGCGUUUUCCCAAAAGGUGUUACAAACUCCUCUGGUCUGCAUUGCCUUUCAUUACCUGUAUUGAAACUCGUGGGCACAUAAUCCCAUGCUUUCUGAACUGUUUGCAUGUGGGAGGAACAAUUAGAACAUGUCAGAAGUUUUUGAUCCGAUACAACACCCAGCAGCUACAUCGAAUGCUCCCGAACUGCAAAAACGAAGAAGAAAAGCAACAGGUUCAGACAGCUAUUCUGAAGUGCUCUCUAACAGGAGGAAACAAGGAGUCAUUUGGAGAGGAAUCAGAUAGUGAGGAAGAUGAACAGUGACCUCAAUGAAGUAAAAGGUGGCGGACUAUUUUUGUUACGGGGCCGAUAGAGAGGAAGAUAUGAAGCAUUUGAAGAAAUGCAUACUCCACUCUGUGGAUAUAUGAUUUACUGCAGCUGCUCAGUGCAUUUGCUACCACACAACUGACUGACUGUAUACCUGUCUUCAAUAGAGGGACACAUGACAUGAUGUUUGUUACAUAAAUAAUUGCCAUCACAUAACACAAAAUAAGACUAUGGCCUAAUUCUGAAAAAAAGAACAAAAAAAAAACAGACUUUUUAUGUUUUUAUGAAAUAUUUUCUAUUUAUACUAUGUUUUGAGCGUAUGUAUUUUGUUUAAAAAUAAAGCACUGUAUUUGAAGACAA